AUGGACGAAACAAAUUCCGAGCAGGCAUUGAUAUGCAUUCCCGGCCAAAUACUGUGUGCGUCGUCGGAAUUCACUGUCGCCGGUGAGGGUACGUACGAGAAGCUAGGAUACGUCCACGCAACCCUCGCCGGCAUCGUACAGAUGAAGAAGCGCGAGAAAAACACCUACAUCUCGGUGGUAUCCUUUGGCGGUGGAGCUACGGUACCGGUUAUUGGUGACAUUGUAACGGCCCGAAUCACGGCAGUGCAACACCGGAUGUCUAAAUGUCGUAUACUGUGCAUUGGAAAAACGCCACUAAACCGCACGUUACGUGGGAUUAUUCGCAAAGAGGAUGUUCGAGCCACGGAGGUGGAUCGUGUCGAGAUGCACAAGUGUUUCCGGCCGGGAGAUAUCAUUCUGGCGCGUGUAUUGCAUCAAAUUGAACUGAACGUGUUCCACCUUUCGACAGCGGACAACGAGCUAGGCGUCGUGGUUGCCCUAUCUCCCAGCUCACGUGCCACGUGGGGCGCAGAACCUAUUCCGAUGGUACCAAUCUGCUGGACUGAAGUGCAGUGUCCCGUAACGCUCGUGAAAGAACCGAGAAAAGUGGCCAAAGUGGUGCCAGAAAAGGGAGAGGCGCUUAAAAAGAAUCUAGAGCUGUUUUAA